GGGCCCAAGGUCACCGGCCCGACGUGGCCGGAGGCAACGGGGCUCGGACUUAGGCAGCCGGACUCCUGAUCAUCUGGGAAUCGGGCUAGGCCAGGGGGACGCUGAGGGUGAGGCGGAGCCCGGCUGCCGCCUCGCCAACUUGCCUGCGGCUUCCCCACAACCGGGGGAGACCACGGCUGGUUUGGAGGGUCUUCCCGGGCCAGAGGAGCUGGGAGGACAUCUUGGACCGAUCCGUACGGCCAAGUUUGGUGUGUAAUCUUGGGUGUGGCCCCACCCUCCCUGGGUCUCAGUUCCCUCAUCCGUCCCACGAGGGGAUCGGGUCCGCCCUUCUGCCUUCCCUCCAGCGCCGGAGUGGGGUCAGGAUGGACUGGAGUGGCCGGAGAAGGCUUCUUGGAGGAGAGGAUAAAGGUAGCAGUGAUGCUGACACUGGCAAGCAAACUGAAGCGGGAUGACGGUCUCAAAGGGUCCCGGGCGUCAGCCACAGCCUCCGACUCCACUCGGCGGGUUUCUGUGAGAGACAGGCUGCUUGUCAAAGAGGUUGCAGAACUUGAAGCUAAUUUACCUUGUACGUGUAAAGUGUAUUUUCCUGAUCCAAACAAGCUUCAUUGCUUUCAGCUAACUGUCACCCCAGAUGAGGGUUACUACCAGGGUGGAAAAUUUCAGUUUGAAACUGAAGUUCCUGAUGCAUACAACAUGGUGCCUCCUAAAGUGAGAUGCCUGACCAGGAUCUGGCACCCCAACAUCACAGAGACAGGCGAGAUAUGUCUCAGUUUACUGAGAGAACAUUCGAUUGACGGCACCGGCUGGGCCCCCACGAGGACACUGAAGGAUGUUGUUUGGGGAUUAAACUCUUUGUUUACUGAUCUUUUGAAUUUUGAUGACCCACUGAAUAUUGAAGCUGCAGAACAUCAUUUGCGGGACAAGGAGGACUUCCGGAAUAAAGUUGAAGACUACAUUAAGCGCUACGCCAGAUGACAGGAGGAGAGGGCUGCGGGGCCGUGGACUGUGCGCUACCAGCUUGUCUCCAGCUGAAACGAGAAGGGAGUCUCCUCCCGUCCCUGGCUCCCCUCAGUCCUGCUGGGCCGCCCCAGUCCCGCGACCAUGCCGUCCCGAGGAAGCACCUCUUCACGACCGCCCAUUGUAGACAGAGAGUUCCGCAUAAAUACAGCCAGAAAAUGUGCUUCGGGUCCUAAAGAGUUGUCUGCUUACCUUAACAUGUUUACUUUUUUGAAACUGUACUGUAUAGGCUGUUAAUGAGAUUCUCGAGAAGUUGUGAUGAACUCAGCAUUGAGGCUAGAGCUUGCUUCUCCCCUUUCCCCAGUCAGUCCCUGCCCAGGCGAUGCUAAUGAUGUGCUCAGUGUAGCUCGCAGACGGCGGUCAGAACCCGCUGCAAACCGUGAUUGGAUGCGAAUUCCCUUCGCUCCUUCCACGAAUGUUGGCCCUGCCCAGGUGUCGUGAAGCUUCCCAGAAUGCAUAUGGUCGUUCACUGUAGAUCUCUUACUGAAAUGCGUAUUUUAUUUAAUGUAAGUAUAUUUUGGAACAGAUUUGUAAUUUGUACAAUUUAAUGCUUUAAUUAUUUUUUUCUAUUCUCA